UCUAAAAACUUUAUCAUAGACGUGUAUAUUAAUCAACACCUGUAGAUCUGUUUCCGUCGAAAUUGCCAGUCAUCCUUUUCAUCUGUCGGUGUCGGUAUUGCUGCAGCUGCUCAGAAUUUUGGUGAUUCUGCGCUUAAUUAUUGUUUUUGGAAAAAGUACCGGUCUGAUAGUCGUACAAAGGUCUAACACAUGGCGGGUGGUACGAAUGGCGAYCCAGAACCUAAAGGUGUUAAACGAAAAUUGGAAGAACCGUCUAUUACACAAGAUCUGCAGAAUUCACCUUCUGAAGACGAUGAAAUUCAUACAGAUAUUCCAAUCAUCAAUACUAAGGUAUGCUGCGAGUUUUGUCAUAAAACAAUGACUGAAGAUGUGUGUAUACCUUCAGAUGCCGCACCAGAAUGUAUUGUGUUGACAAACGAAAUUUUGGCUAAUAUUUACACUGAUAAUGACGAUGUAGUACAACAUAACUUAACGAAUUACAGCAUUUAUGAUGAAAACGGGCACAUGUGUUCUAUAGAUUCAGGGGUAAUGGAGAGAAAUGUCACAAUUUAUAUGACUGGCUAUGUAAAACCAAUUUACGACAAUAGUCCUGGCAUAGAAGAAGGAAUACCUGCUAGGGGUUUAGGACCUAUAUUAGAAUGGUGGUUAUCAUCAUAUGAUGGUGGUACUCAGGCAUUAAUAGGCAUAAACACUGAAUAUGCUGAUUAUUUAUUAAUUGAGCCACACCCUAAAUAUAAAAAAUACAUGACUUCAGUAACAGAAAAGAUACAUUUAAGUAGAGAAGUAAUUAAAAAUAUUUUAGGUAGUGAAUACGAUGAUCCAACUUAUGAAGAUAUUUUAAAUUGCGUCAUAAACUCAGUAAAUCCAGCAACAGGCAAUAAAUUCACUGAAGAAGAUCUUAUUUCCCAUGCACAAUUUGUCCUCAAUCAAGUAUUAGAAUAUGACUUAAACGACACAUAUCAUUUACCAUUAGCAGAAACUCAAUGUAUUGAAACAUUGACUCAGCUUUCAGGGGCUUUUAAACCUGUCAAAGCACCAUCUAGGAGAGCUGGUCAAAGAAUUCAAUAUGUGAAAACUGAUAUUAAUAAACGUGAGUUUAGUAAGGCAACUACUACAGAGUUGGUAAAAGAUGUGUUUGAAAAUAUGUUUGCUGCUCAAUUAGAUAUUGAUGAUAAAGAAAAUGAAGGAAAUGUGAAUAAGCUUGUCAAAACUAUGUUUGAUGAUGUUUGCAACUCUAAAAUAAAAAAAGACAUCUCUGAUAUACGGGUCAAUGUAAACCAAGUGAUGUGGAAAGACCAAAUACUGUGUGAAAAAAUGUUURUUGUUGUGAAAAACAAUGUCUCAACAAUUCCAUUAAUAGGAUGCAUAGAAUAUUUUUUUAAGACAAAGUUUAAAAAUAAGGCCCACAUUAAGCUCUUUAUGCAUAGUUAUGAAACUGUACUAGGUGAAACAGCUGACCCUCAAGAGAUAUUUGCUCUCAAAAAUUGUACAAAUAUUGAUAUUAAAAAUGUAGUCAAAGUAAUAGAUGUUGUACAAAAAAUACCUAGUAAAAAUUGGUUCCAACUCGGUAAUUCAAAAUUACAAGAUCUCUUAGAACCUAUUAAUCGUAAAAAUAAAAAUUCAUUUUUUUAUCAACUACAAUAUGAUGAUACAAUUGGGAGGUUCGAGUAUCCAAAACCUUUAGAACCAAAUACUGUUAUUAGAGAAGGGUACUGUAGUAAUUGCGAAGAUUUUCUCUUAGAAGAAAAAUCAAAAGAACCGGAAUUACAUGAAUUCAUCGAAACACAAAAAAAUAUUUCAUAUUUUUAUAAAUUUAAAUUAUUUGAUGAAGAGUAUAAAGUUGGUAGUUUUAUCUAUUUACAACCUGAUAUAUUCAAAACAGCUUCAAGGUCAAAUAUGAUUGGAGAAGAACCGUUUGUGUUUAAAGAGACAAAUAAAAAGACAACUAAUCAAGAACAAAAAGUUAUUGAUGAAACCAAGUAUCCUGAGUAUUAUCGUAAGUCAUUGGAUAAUACAAUGCGUGGUUCAAAUGAAACUACUCCUGAUCCAUUUGAAAUUGCAGAAAUAUUGGCCAUAUACUUUGUUGAUUGGGAUAGAAAAAACAUCAAGAUGAUUGUACGACGUAUGUAUAGAGCUGAACAAAUUCCACUGGAAKCUUAUGCCAAAAAUUCAGAUAUGAAUAUGUUAUUUUGGUCAGAAGAAGAAUUUAGAGUUACGUAUAAAAACAUACGUGGAAAAUGUUAUGUUUCAUUCAUUUCUAAUAUUCAAGAUCCACUUUUAUGGUCUAGUAACUAUAGUAAUGUUCAAAUGUCCAUCAUUUUUGAAAUUUCAUCUGUACAAUACUAA